GCCCACGCAAAUAGCGCAUGCAGCGCUCAAGCGUGGUUCUCUUAUCGGCUUCAACAUCGCGGAGAUCCGUCAACGAAGAAUCGUCGUCUCGCACCUCAUCGCUUUGUCGGGUCGUUGGAGCCGCGUUCGAAGUGAAUAAUAACACCGAUCCACCCGGGACAUGAUUCGCAGAUUAGGAAGGGUUGUGGGCUACCAUAGGCGUGCUCCUAAGGUGUGUCCCACUACGACACGGCUUCUGCAGCCGCAAGCGACCAAGCGGCACCAACAGCCCGCUCGUUUUUUCAAUCGCUAUGCGUCCCUGGAAACUACGUCUCAUGCGAAUCGUGUGUUCGUGCCGGCCGAAGAGUUUCACCGAGACAAGGAGAAACCUUUCAACAAAUGUGAAAAUGGCCCUGUGAAUGUGGAAGACCUUCUGUUUGAUAUGUUCAAGGAUGCGGAUGACACGGUGUGCGUAGGAAAAUUCUUGAACGCAUUGUUCACAACCGGGCUGUGGAAAAAUGAUCCGCGUCUCAAGGAAAUGAUGCAGAACUUGAGAAAUGUUCACAAAGAGAAGUCACCCGUCCGUUCGCUGGAGUCGCUCGCUCUGAACAGGGAAACGUUUGCACAAGUGAUCCGAGAGAACAUUGUUCUCAUCACACGAGCCCUGCGCCACCAGUUUGUGAUUCCUGAUUUUCAAGACUUCAUUCGUUAUGUCGAGGACUUCUACUGGAAGUGCAAAGUGAACACCGGCGGAAAGGUGGCUUCUUACAUUCCCCAACUGGCCAAGUACAAUCCAGACUAUUGGGGAGUGAGCAUUUGUACCGUGGAUGGCCAGAGGUUCUCAAUUGGAGACACAGAGAUUCCAUUCACGAUCCAGUCAUCUGGCAAACCCAUCAACUAUGCCAUUGCACUAACCGAACUCGGCUCGGACGCUGUUCAUCAAUAUGUGGGCCAGGAACCGAGCGGCAGAAUGUUCAAUGAACUUGUCCUCGAUUACAACAAAAAGCCUCACAAUCCCAUGGUGAAUGCUGGCGCCAUUGUCGUCGCUUCGCUGCUCCUCUAUCUGAUAGAGCCUGAGAUGAGGACAUCUGAAAAAUUUGACUGGAUGCUUCAGUACUAUAAAGCUAUAUCUGGAGGCGAGUAUCUUGGCUUCAACAAUGCCAUAUUCCUUUCGGAGAGAGAAGCAGCCGACAGAAACUAUGCCAUAGGAUUCUACAUGAAGGAAAACAAGUGCUUUCCGGAGAGGGUCAAUCUCAAGGAAACCAUGGACUUCUACUUUCAGCUGUGCUCUCUCGAAGUCAAUUGCCAGUCAGUGAGUGUUAUGGCGUCAACGUUAGCAAAUGGUGGCAUCUGCCCCGUCACGGGCCACCAGAUUAUGAACGGGGUGUCCUGCCGGGAUGUCCUGUCGCUGAUGCAUUCAUGCGGAAUGUACGAUUAUUCUGGCCAGUACGCCUUCAAGGUCGGCCUGCCAGCCAAGUCUGGUGUCUCGGGCUGCACGAUGGUGGUUGUGCCCAACGUGAUGGGAAUCUGCCUCUGGUCACCCCCGUUGGAUGUUUACGGAAACUCUGUCCGAGGAGUGCAGUUCUGCGAGGAACUGACCCGGGUCUUCAGCUUCCAUCACUAUGACAACCUGCGUCACAUGACGCAGAAGAAAGACCCACGGCGGCAGAAGUAUGAGACCAAAGGCCUCAAGGUGGUCAAUCUGCUUUUCAGUGCUGCCAGUGGAGACGUCACAGCCAUGCGUCGCCAUUACCUGUCAGGCAUGGAUAUGGGGCUGAGCGACUACGAUGGUCGCACAGCCCUCCACCUGGCUGCUGCGGAAGGCCACCUGGAGUGCGUGGAGUUUUUACUCAAAAUCUGCGGUGUGGACGCCAAUAUCAGGGACAGGUGGGGCCACACCCCUCUGGACGAUGCUCGGCAGUUUGGCCACGCGGCUGUGGCCGACUAUCUUGCCAAGUGGGAGGCACCUUCCUUGUCGGCAUCAGUGACAUCCAUUCCCAACCAUCAGUCACAGGUGCCAUCGCCGCCAGAUAUUGACCGCAGUGACGUUCCACCACCAGCCCCCAAGGUUGCCACAGCCGAUGGCACCAGCCGUCCCGUAAAUAUUCCAAUCCUGCGCAAAUGAACCGUGAAAACGUUCCAGUCCACGUUAUUCGGCGAGCAUAUAUCGUUCUAAUGUUCUAGGACUGCCUUCAAUAUCGUCUGCCCUGAAAGAGCUAUUCUCUUUUCUCUCUCAUUUUCGUCGCGGUGCAACAUUUGUCUAUCUGCGCACACGUGAUUAGGCAUUACUUUAGGCACAAUCACCAAUUCCUGUGAUACAAUGUAGAACUUAUCGGAGAUUGCACAAUUUUGUACACGUCAUUUGUUUACUGAUGUGCGUGUCCUUAAGCGUGCUUAUUUGUGUCCAUUUUGCUGUGGAAUCCUUAGGUGUCUUUUAUUUUAAUUAAUUGCAUGAUAAUUUAGUGACCGUAUCUGCAGCCAAGGGCUCAAGGCCCCUUUUAUAUAUUUUGUACUUCUUGCACUGGUGAGCUACACUCUAGCACAUGUUCAUUUGCCAAUUUAUUUAUUUCAGUUGACAUUACAUAUUCUAAAGCGUGAGCCACAUUACAGUGCUUCUUAUAACUGCAAUCCCUCAUCGCUAUGUGCAGUGAGUUGACUUGUGUGCACUUCAUGCAUACUGCUACAAGUAUGCUUCUCCAAAGUCCCCUUGGCUUGCCUCAUAGCUAUAGUGUCAAUUACCUCCAGUGCUGAGGGCGUUUCGUACUGUCAGGUGUCUUGAGAGUUGUUCGUAUUUACGGGAUUAUUCAGGGUUGUGGCAUCGUUGAAUGAGAGUUUGUGGUUACCAAGCGUGCGAAAGAAACAGUCCGUUCAGGCUGGGCAUUUUGAGAACGCUCAGAACCGGCAGGGCUUGCAAACAAUCACGUACGUGAUAUUCCGCAAGCCAACAAUAGAACUUUGUUUGUUUAAUUAUUUUUCUAGCUCAUUGCCAUAACAUUAUUGUACACUAUCACCGCACGCUUCUGACUAAUGGCUAGAGCUUUUUAUUUUGACAUGAACUCCACACUUUCAUUAGCCAAUGAACAAAUUUUAUGUGACCCUCGACUGGCUAAGAGCCAGUUUAUUUGGUGCUAUCUAAUUUACCAGCUUCUGCUGCUAAAGAUGGUUAUGCUGUGUAGUUAUGAUAGCUUACCGAAGCUUUUAUCUCACUUUAUAUAUUAUACAAACAUAUUUUUCUUACUUUGUUUAGAUGUAUGUAUGCAAAAAUAUUUUUAGAGUUGCUAUUCUCAACCAAAACCCAAUUCACUUCUUGCGAGAGACUUUUGAAAUGCAUUCUCAUUUAAGGCACUGAAAUUUUUCUGCACCCAUACGUGCAUCCAGAGAAAUAGAAACAAAGAUGGUUCAAGUAGAAUGAAAUGUUUUGCAAACGUCUCUCUCUAACAUUCUAGUCACGCAGUCACUAAAAGUGAGUUGGUUUCUUCCUUUGUUUCCCAUUACUAGGACAUUGCUGCUUUUAAGGGCAAAAGGUGAAGGGCACAUCCAAACCGCAUCGGCAGGGAUCUUAAUGUUGUAAGUUUUGAGGCUGUGCAUCCUUUCUCAGAAAUUACCUCCUACUAACUUCAUAGGAUGCCUGCCCGGUCACUUCUGUAACUUUUCUCACUGGGAAGACCAGUGCGAACAUUGCCUUUCUCGGCAACUUUCCCGCUCCGCUAUUCUGCUUGCGAUGCCUGCAAUGACUGUCCCAGUCAAAAUGGUCGCAUGUGCCUACCAGCAGAAAUGGUGAAAAUGGUGGGGCCAAUUAACACGCUUAACUUUUGACGCAACUGUCAAGUGUUAACUGUAGCACCAAUAAUGCACUUAUGGCAGACGCACUUCUUCAAGCUGGCGCUAAUAACGAUAUAUUCAUGUGAAAUUGAUAGUUGCUUCAUUAUUGUCGGGCUCCAAUCUUGAAACCUAGGCAUGUGCUCAAAAGCAAUAGGAUUACAAAGGAAGUCCUGUGAGAUUUUGCCUAUGCUUUAAUGCAGCUCUGCGAUUUGUCUUGUGAGUAGUGUCUCUAUUCAAGUAAGUCAGCUCAUGCAGCAGAAUGGCAGUAUCUACCAGAGGUGAUAUUUGAUAGAUCUGUCUUAAUUGGUUUAGCCAGUACAGAGCUUGCAGGCUGCCCAUAACAUCACCAUGCUAGUUGGAAGUACCGCCUUUGCAAAAGCUUGCACUCUUGUUAGAGAGACGGAACAAGAAGCAUUCUGCAGACAACUGCUACACCUAGUAAGCAUCAAUCUGAAAAUUAGUUGGUUGCCUAUUUCAAACUGUAGAUAAACAGUUUCAGAGCCUUUUUUUAUAACUUUGGUCUCUAGAGCAACUGCAACUGCAGAUGUGCAAUCUGCAUCUACAAUAGUGGCAUGUUGCUCGGCAUUGGAUUCCAUGGCGCACUGGAUGUACGUGUGUUUUUACUCUGUAGUGAAUGGCGUGAAAAUGUGAGAAUCUAGAGAAAAACUAAUGCUUUCUUUGCUGCAGUUAACUAUCAGCCUCUUGCAGUAAUGGCUUUACCAUAACCUGUUUUCGAUAUUUUGGCCAGUCGUGCACUACUCAAAAACGGCCUUUGCAGGAAUCGAAAUCAGAAUAGCGGAGCUCGUGACAAAAGCCAUGACACGCUUUUGCCCUUCCUAACCUCAGCCUGCAGCUAUGCGAUAGGUGCAGUUGCAAAACACACAUAGAGGGUGUGUAUUGUGUGCUUUCUUGAUUCACACUACUAUCCUUCUGCUGGUUUCAUUGCAUGAGCUAUCUGGUGUUGUUUAUGUAGUGAUUGAAAGCUUAUGUACGUGUGAAAUUCAGCUAAUGAAAAUGCCACAUGACGUCUUGUUUUAUGUUUUGUGCGGCAUAAGUGCCAUUGAAGUGUCUAGUUACCGUAAAACAAAUGAAUAUCUCAGGUCCUAUAUAUAGUUGUGCGAUCUUAUGCAUGUUGUUAGUGUGGAGAACAGCUUAGCGAACCUUGUGUGCAUUGUUAACGCAAAGUGCUUUGUUUAUGAACAUUGCUAUCAUAGUGCCUCUGUGCUUCCUGAUUUUCUAAACUUAGGCAAGAAUUUAAAAAAUUCUUUGACACUCUAAUUUUGAGCACCAAUGACAGAAUUAUGAGGAAAUUGAACUGCGAGCUCUUUACUGGAUAUCUCAAUAAUGAUCAAUAUGAGCCACUGUAUGAGCUAUGGAUUCCAUACUAUUGUGUGCUGUGUUUAAGCAGGCAUUGAUCUUGUCACAAUCUGCAUUUAAUAAGCAAAGACAAGAGUGUAUAAGGGCAUUACAGCAGUAUACCGACAUGAGCUGUGGAAUACAAAAUGUGUAUUAUAAACAAACUGAAGAUUGUGCCAGAAUUAGUAUUAUAAGUUUGCAAGAGACUAGGCAUGGCUUCAGGCUUUGCUUGACAGUUGCAAGGCAAUUUAUGAUGGCAUUUCAGUGAGGCCAGUCAAUUCCUUCUAAUAUACGAAAAAUUAAAUGGACAUUUUAAGAUAGGUACUAAAUUAACCUGGAAUUUUUCACACUGCUUUUUGUGCAUUCGACUGCAACAAAAAAUAAAUUCUGUGAAAUGAAUAACAUUGGGAAAUAACAUCGCUGGUGCCAUUGUGCGAGUACGUAGUGUAACCUCUGAAUUACAAACAGGCCACUUAUCAUUUCCACAAUACUGAGAUAUGGUAUCACUGAUAUCUUCAGUUGCAACAUUACUUGUCUGUCUUGGUUCACACACCCGUGGAAACGUAUGUACUACAUCUCAGUAAGUGAAUUUCAGUAUGAGUGUAAUGACAAGUUGUUGAACAAGGGACGCUACUGGAAUCGACGUUUCAACGAAACAUUGUCUUUGCCAGGCAAGUUCACAACGGCAACAGAAGUUUGGCUCUAGCUACACCUCUUCGUAACAACUUCUCACUUCAAGCAUUAAUCUCAUAUUCGCUCAAACUUCCGCCUUGCUCGGCAGAGGUAGUUUUCUUGUUCAAGGGCAGAAUCGUUCACUAUAAGGUUAUACUCGUGUCCCACGGGCACUUGUGGUCGAGGUAAGGGCCAAUCUAAAUAUGAUUUCUUGAUCGAAUUGACAAUGCUUGCUGCUACUUGGUCCCAACUAACCUAGAUUUAGCUUGGCGCACAUGUCAGACGAAUCGACUGUGUAGCAGCAACUCACUCGGUUUAAGCCGAAUCUGAACUGGUGCCAACUGCAAUCACAAACGCCCAUGUAUCGGUGGUUUUACACACAUAAGCGGCACUCACAAUGCAUUUGGCUUUAUUUCGGUGCAGUGAUUCGCCUGUGCCAUUCCAAGUAAGUCGCAGAUGCAUGAAACCAGAAAAAGAAAAAAAAGGCUAAUUUUACACUGAAAAACUAAAAAUGGUGCCAUUGCCACAAUGAGUGGGGUAUUUAUUCUUUGGAAGCCGACAGUGUCGCUUUCCGUUCAACGAUGAAUUCUGUGUUACAUUUUCAAUGAAGGCAGAAAUGCUAGAGGCCAUUGUACGCAGGUUUAGGUGCACUGCUAAAAAAAUCCCAGGUGGUUCAAAUUUCCAGCAGCCCUCCACUGCAGCAUCCAUCAUAAUCGUAUUGUGGUCUUGAGACGUUAGACCCCGAAAAUUAUUGUUCAUUAGUGAAUUCAGUGUUAUGACAUCAGGAUUUGAGGAAGAUAUGUAGUAGCAGUACUUAUUUUCUGGAAGCACUGCAUCUACUGUGAUUUAAACAAAAGGCACCAGGGAGUGGGCACUCUGACUGAAAAUUAUCGAAGCCAUGUUUUGUACAAAA